UAAUUACGAAUUAGGGUUAUUAUCACGUGCUAUGUUGCAAUAGACCUGCGAACGUUAAUGGACACGACUGAAAUCGACCUACAUGAGGCGGCCCUGCUCAAGGCCCAGAAGCAUGAUUUUCCCACUAUUCUUACCACUGACGCAAUAUCUAAGUGCAUGGCGGCGGCCAACGACAUUGUCGAUGCCAUCCAGUUUAGCCAUCGGCUGAAGGGCAGGAAGCUAGAGUCGUUUCGACAGCUCAACAACUUCCAAGUCUGGCCAUGCACUAGAGCAAUCCAACUCAGUUGCCAUAUUGAAGCAAGGAGUGGACGACAUCACACCUUUCAUUCUCAUCUUGCGCGUGCUUUCUAGCUACCUGAAGACUCUUAUCGACCCGGAGCUCAUCACUCCCGGACUCCUAAAGACCGCGGAUGCUCGUGUGGCCGAAUUCGACCAAUUGACUGCCACUUUCCAGGCUUGAUAAGCUGCUUCGAUCACCGCCUGCUUAUUGUCAGCUAUUUGGGUCCCAUUAUGUAUUAUAUUUGCAUUACGAUAUGUCUCUCUUUACACCUCUCCCCACAUUGCUGUUUUAACUUUGUACGGUACCUACAUUGUAGAUUUAGAUAGCUUAGUUUUCGACUUUUCAAAGUCGGUCAAAUCAUGUCACUUCUGUUCAACAUUUAGACGGAAUACGCGAAUUUUUAUAUAGUGUACAGGCACUGAUCGCAAUGAGCAAUCAAUAUAUGAGCUAUUUGAAUAAAACUACCGAAUCAACUGCUGCACAACGGGAAAGUCCAG